AUGAACAUGCAUGCAAACAAAGGAAUCAAUGUGAGUUUUUGUCGUACAGUAGUACAACUGGUGAAAUCAAACAACAUGAGGAAGCGCCAAGUGGUUGUGAGAAGAGAGGAGCCCCAGAGAAGUGUUAGGAGUGUGAAGUAUGGUGAGUGCCAGAAGAAUCAUGCAGCAAAUGUUGGAGGGUAUGCUGUUGAUGGUUGCAGAGAGUUCAUGGCAAGUGGUGGAGAAGGGACAAGUGCUGCUCUCACUUGUGCUGCAUGUGGCUGCCACAGGAACUUCCACAAGAGACAGGUUGAAACUGAAGUAGUGUGUGAGUGCUCCUCACCUCCCUCCAAUGGCACAUGA